AUGCCCUCCCUUGAAGCUCUGCGGGCCCGAGAAGUGUACCGGUAAAGCUAGUGCUGCUCUCGUUGGUUAAUGAAAACUAAUGAGCUGCUUCACGCAGUUAUUAUCAACCUUGCCCUCAAUCACCCUCCCUCAAACUUUCCCCCUCGAUUGACCAAGAAAACAUAUCUUCAUCCUCCUCUGCACCUGUCACUGCCUCUUUCGAAUUUGAUACCAGUCUUACCAACCCAGCGAACCAAGAUUUGCGCUCGUUUUCAGACACAGCAUUGACAGCUUUUGCGCAAUUGAUAGCUAUUCGCCUUGCCUGUCAAAGAGCUGUGGUCUCUUUGAUCGACUCCGAACGCGAAUACUUUUUAGCUGACUCGACUACCCCUCCUCAAAGCCUGCCGAAUGAUGAAUGGGUUCCGCAGAAUACCUGGUCAUCGAGUCGCGAUGGAGUUCUCCGUGCACAAUCAUUAUGCGAACGGACAUUGCAGUUGGGGAUAGAGGGGAAUGGCGACAAACAUGGGUCGAGUUCCAUACCAAUAGUCUUCAUCUCCGAUUUGCAUCAAGAUGAUCACUUGUGCCAUCUUGAUUGUGUCAAGGGAGCUCCAAACUGGGGCUUUUAUAGCGGGGUACCUUUAGUCAAUAAGAAUGGUGUGACUAUUGGUUGUGUAUAUGUGGUGGACGAAAGGCCCAAGACUACUCAAUUCACCAAGGAGCAAAUCUUAUUCUUACAAACUAUGACUUUAACUAUCAUGGAUCACCUUGAAAACAACCGGGCUAAGGAAGAUAUGAUUAUCGUUACGCGCAUGAGUCAAGCACUGCACGCUUUCAUUGAGGGAGAUGGUAGCAUGGACGGUGAUUGGGAAAUACUGAAACGAUAUAAUCUCCCACUCGGUGCUGGCGUUGAUUUCAAAUGGGAAAGCAAUAAAGAUGAGGGAAGCACAGGCGAAUCCCAUCACUACAAGAACCCUGUGGUAUAUGAUCUUCCCACCGACGAGUUUGAUCCCACUCGCAGCCCGGGCAUGUCUCCUUUGCAACACACAUCCAGCUUCAAUGGCGCAAAGGGCCUCAACAAUUCUCCUUGGGGAUCUUCAAGCGAGAUACCACAUUCACAGGAAGCUGAAAAAGCAAGGGGCGGAACCAGUCGCGAAUAUUCCGGGGAUAGUUUUUCAGAUCUCCUUCAUGGAACAUUUUCUCGAGCUUCCAACCUUGUUCGCGAAGGAAUGAAGCUGGAUGGAGCUGUUUUCUUUGAUGCUCCGUUUCGAUUUUACCAUGGACGAAAUACCCUGGAAGCCGACCUUCGGGGUUUUGACGUGAGGAGUACUGAAAGUUCGAGCGAAGAAGAGGACCUCGAGCCCCUAACUUUGGCCCGACCGGGACCUCGUCCAUAUGUUUCUUCCAGUUACCGUGGCUCUUACACAAGCACCUAUUCUGACCACGAUCGAAAGGAUCGAGGGGAUACCCGAAGUAUGACUUCGAAUUCGUCUAUCAACGCUGAUGCAAAAUCCGAUAUAUUAGGCUUCUCCACGAGACAUUCAUCUUCCUGGAAAGAUAAAGAUACAAGCCCUCCCAAAACAUUCAGCGCAAUUGAUCAAUCGCUUCUGACCGCACUCGUGAGGCGCUAUCCGCAAGGAUCUUUAUUUCGCUUUGAUGAAGAUGGUCCAGUAAUACCAGAUGAAUCUCAGUUGGUACGGGGAUCUCAAGCGACCAUCUUGCCACCCGUGAUGGAAGAGAUCAGACUCAGGAGAGAAAAAAGAAUAGCCGCUGAAUUGAAGCGUUUGCUGGCUGCUUUUCCGGGCUCACGGCAGAUUUUCUUCGUACCUUUAUACGAUUCUACGUCUGGCUGUUUCAUUGGUUCUUUUGCAUGGUCAACAUCGGCAACUCGAAGCUUUACAGAAGGCAACCAUUUAUCAUACCUCGUGGCUUUCGGUCACAGUGUAAUGUCCGAAGUUUCUCGUCUCAAUACACUAAGCGCAGAUCAUGCAAAGGGCGAUUUUAUCAGUAAUGUAUCACAUGAACUGAGAAGUCCCCUCCACGGAAUUCUUGCAAGUGUGGAGUUCCUGGCCGAUACUACGCUUGAUGGCUUCCAACGAAACCUAGUGGAAACGGUUGACAUUUGUGGCCGUACCCUUUUGGACACCAUCGAGCACGUUUUGGAUUUUUCCAAGAUCAAGAAAUUUGGCCAAGAUACUAUGCAACCUAUGGGCAGUGUCUCCGAUCUCGAUAUCUCUGCAAUCAUCGAAGAAGUCAUCCAAGGUGUUUUUGCUGGAUUCGAAUUUAAUGGUCUCUCCUCCCAGGGUUUGGCGGAUAUGACACAAAGUCACAAAGGAAUCUUAUCCCCAGGAGGAGGACAAGAGGCAAUUCGCGCCUCCAAUCGUCUUCCACCCGAUGGUACAAACCAAAACCUCACUGUGAUUCUAGAUAUUGAUUAUAAAGAACGAUGGAAAUUUCCUACAGUCCCGGGUACCUGGCGUCGUCUUACUAUGAAUGUUUUUGGUAACGCCUUGAAGUAUACUCCUUCAGGAUUUAUCAAAAUAAAGCUUGAGUCAAAGACUAUGCCAUCUGCCAAUAGUGGAUCAAAUACAAAUGACGAGGGGAAAACAAUGGUUAUCUUGACCUUGAGCGAUUCAGGGCAAGGCAUGUCAAGUGAUUUUAUGAAAACCAAAUUGUUUAUGCCUUUUUCUCAGGUUUGGACUCACACAUCCAGCCUACAUAUUCUAGGUCUCUUCAGACAAAACUAACAUUUCAAAGGAGGACGUGACCGCCCCUGGAACUGGAUUAGGUAUGAGUAUUGUGAAACAGAUUGUCGAUUUAUCAGGAGGUACUAUUGAUGUACGCAGCGAAUUACGCCAAGGGACUGAAAUCAAACUAAGUCUACCAUUGGACAACUGUCAAUCGGCUCCAGAAUCCGAUCUGAACCAAAUGGAAGAACCCAUUGAGGUAGUUCGUCGCCGAGGCAGUGGUCGGACUGUCAUGAUUAAGGGUUUCCAUCCGGGUCCACACUGCACGAAGAUUCAGCGUGGAGCUCUUUCCAGUUUAAAAGCCUCAAUUGAGCAGUAUGUCACGAAAUGGUUCAGUUUAGCCAUUGUCACUGCAAGCUCCAACCCCGAUAUCAUCAUUUGCGAUGAAUCAGCAUUCCACCAAUCAUCUAUAGCGGAUCUCAAAUUCCGCAUUUUGAUUAUUCUUUGCAGCAACGGGACUCAGCGACAUAUCUACUCUUCCCAACUAGAUACCGGGCAAACGCUCGAGUUCGUGAGCACACCUGCUGGACCGCACCGUCUAGCAAGAGCGUUGCUGAACUGCUUCGAUGCGGAGAUCGCAGCUUCACUCCAACCCCUCACAGCCGACAGCACUAACCCAGGAUUCCUGAAGAUAGGUGUGGAUGAGGCUCGUGGGCCAGUUGUGCCUGCAAACUUGGCGGAUAAUAUCGUGGUAGACCCUGAUGUUGGGAGGGCCUUGAGACUGAUUGGGAAACUCCCGACUUCCAUCGGCUUUUCGCCUACUACUUCAUUAAAGAAGAUCUCAUCUGGGAGCGGUCUUUCUCGAACCCCUAGUGUUAGUUUAGAAACACCACAUGUCGGGAAGACAGCGGCGGAAUCGACUUUGAGCUCGACAGAGAAUGCUCUUCCUGGUCAAUCUCUCUCCACAGAAGGAAGUAUCGGAUCAUCAAAAGAAAAGGUCGUCGGUGCCACGCCCAGUGGGCGGGUGCCCAAAAUGCUCUUAGUAGAGGUAAGACUUGUUCUGUACACCUUUCCAUGUUUACUUCGCUAAAGCAAAUCCCAAGGACAACCCAAUCAACAUGAUGCUCCUCGAGACCUACAUAAAGAAGAACAAGUGGGAGCUUGAAAAAGCCAGCAACGGCUUACUAGCCGUGGAGGCCUUUGAACGGCGAAAGGAGGGGUUCGAUGUUAUUUUCAUGGGUAAGAUUUCCCAAACCCAUCCCUUAAAACACAGAAAGACCGAUCUCCUCAUCACUAACUCCUUCCUUCCCCUCUAGACGUCUCCAUGCCCAUCAUGUCCGGCUACGAAUCCACCCGUCUCAUCCGACAAAUCGAGCACACCCGCCGUCUCGCCUUCGACCAGCAACAACAAAUCCUCACCCCCUCCUCCUCCUUCCCCUUCAACACCCGUCCUCCACACUCCCACCCAUCCACCCAAUCCAUCGACCUCCACCUCUCCACCCCGGAGCUCCAACGGAACCCACCCGCGUUAAUCAUCGCACUCACGGGCUUCAGCUCCCAGAAGGACCAAGAGAUGGCGUUCCAAGCUGGCGUGGAUGUGUUUAUGACGAAGCCCGUGAGGUUUCGGGAGGUGGGGGGGAUUUUGGAGGGCUGGGCGAGGGCUUUUGGGGUGUGGAGUGAGAAUGAGGGGAUGGAGGGGGAGGGGGAGGGGGAGAGUAGGACGCCGAAGGGGUGA